UAACACCCACCUACUUUAAAAUUAGCAGCGAUUUCUUCUACCUGCCUGAACAUCAAAGGAGUCACGAGUUGCUGCACCUUUUUUUCUCUGAAAACACACCCGUUUAUGAAAUUGGUCAAUUAUCAAGUAGAUCAUAAGACUGAAGCCCAGCUCUCAUUCCACACAACUCUGGACUGCGGCGGGAGGAAGUUUGGUCACCACUCUGAAAGAAAAAUUAGCCUCGUGCACUGGGACUGCAUCUGGGCAACUUCAACAUGAAGUUUUUGCAGUGUGUGUUUCUACUGCUCCUGAUAUCUGCACUUAUCCUAACGUCAGACGCAUGGCGUCGUCGUCGUCGGCGUCGUCGUCGUGUUCCAGCGCCAACAGGCUGCUCCUCACCACCAACCCUGUCCUUCACCACAAGGAGCGGCUGUUACUCCCCCUACACCCAUGGGGAGAGAUGUACCUACCGGUGCCUGUCUGGAUACAGUCGGGUCUCCGGUGACUACACCAGAACCUGCUCUAGUGGAAGCUGGAGUGGAACCAACCUCGUCUGCAGGGGAGUGUCAACAUACUGCUCUUCACCGCCAACCCUGUCCUACACCUAUCGGAGCGGCUGUUACUCCCCCUACACCAAUGGGGAGAGGUGUACCUACCGGUGCCGUACCGGGUACAGUCGGGUCUCUGGAGACUACACCAGGACCUGCUCCGGUGGCGGCUGGGCUGGAUCAAACCUGAUCUGUAGGCGAGGGUCGACCUGUUCUUCACCACCAACCCUGGCCUACACCUACCGGAGAGGUUGUAACUACCCCUACACCAAUGGGGAGAGGUGUACCUACCGGUGCCGUACCGGGUACAGUCGGGUCUCCGGAGACUACACCAGGACCUGCUCUGGUGGCCGCUGGGUUGGAACAAACCUGGUCUGUCGGCGAGGGUCGACCUGUUCUUCACCACCAACCCUGUCCUACACCUAUCGGAGCGGCUGUUACUCCCCCUACACCAAUGGGGAGAGGUGUACCUAUCGGUGCCGUACCGGCUACAGUCGGGUCUCCGGUGACUCCACCCGGACCUGCUCUGGUGGCCGCUGGGAUGGAACAAACCUGGUCUGCAGGCGAGGAUCGACCUGCCCUUCACCACCAUCUCCGGCCUACACCUACCGGAGUGGCUGUAACUACCCCUACACCAAUAGGGAGAGGUGUACCUACCGGUGCCGUCCCGGAUACACCCAGGUCUUCGGUAGUAACAUCAGGACCUGCAAUUACGGGACCUGGGCUGGGACCAACUUGGUCUGCAGGAGAGGCGGAGGCGAUUGCCCUAUACCCAUUGGCCCUGGCAUCUGUGUGAAUCGCUGUUACGCUGAUUCUAACUGCAGGUUCGGACAGAAGUGUUGCUCCAACGGCUGUGGACGUGUCUGCAUGAGUCCCACAUAUGGCUAGACCACAUCUAACGCUUUGUGUAUAACAAAAAAAAAUCCCUCUGAAAUAGAUGCCGAAUGCUUGACUAAUAUUCAUGUAAAACAAUAAAAAUCUAGUUCGAAUUAGA